UGGUGCCAGAACUGUGCCUGGAGGAGGGAGAGGCGUUUCCUUACCCGUGGGGGCCGGCCUCUCGCCUUGUUUGCUCUGAGAUAGCCAGUCUCGCCCCUGCCCAGCACGAGGCGGCUGCCCUGUGGGCGCCACCUUCCCUUCCCUGACCGGGACACCAGACCACAGACGGCGGGACGCGGCCAUGACCCGACUCCUGAGGCCUUUGCUGUGCGGGGCGCUGCUGGGUUUGAUCUGCAUGACUGACCCGGGACCAGCCGUGGAGGUGCACGUACCUGCCGAGCCCCUGAGCACGCCCGUGGGAAAGACCGCGGAGCUGACCUGCAGCUACAGCACGUCGGUGACAGACACCUUCGCCCUGGAGUGGAGCUUUGUGCAGCCUGGGAAGCCCAUCUCUGUGUCCCAACCCAUCCUGUACUUCACCAGUGGACAUCUGUAUCCAACUGGUUCUAAAGCAAAGCGGGCCAGCCUGCUUGAGAAUCCCCCCACAGGAGGAGUGGCCACCCUGAAACUGACUGAUGUCCGCCCCUCGGAUACUGGAACCUACCUCUGCCAUGUUAACAACCCACCAGAUUUCUACACCAAUGGGUUGGGGCUAAUCAACCUUACUGUGCUGGUGCCCCCCAGUAGUCCCUUGUGCAGUCAGACUGGCCAAAUCUCUGUGGGGGGCUCUGCUGCACUAAGGUGUAGCUCUUCCGAGGGAGCCCCCAGACCAGUGUACAACUGGGCCCGCCUUGAAUCUUCUCCUACACCUUCUCCUGGCAGCAUGGUGCAAGAUGAGGUCUCGGGCCAGCUCAUUCUCACCAAUCUCUCCCUGGCCUCCUCGGGCACCUACCGCUGUGUGGCCACCAACCAACUGGGCAGUGCAUCCUGUGAGCUGACUCUCUCUGUGACUGACCCUUCCAAAGGCCGAGUAGCCGGGGCUGUGAUUGGGGUGCUCCUGGGAGUGCUGUUCCUGUCCAUCGCUGCCUUCUGCCUAAUAAGGUUCCAGAAAGAGAGGAGGAAGAGGCCUAAGGAGACAUACGGGGGUAGUGACCUUCGAGAGGACGCCAUGGCUCCUGGGAUUUCUAAGCAAACCUCUGUGAGGGACGAUUCCAGCAAUGAGCUCCUGGAGAGGCCCCCCUCUGCCAGCACUGUGACGACCACCAAGUCCAAGCUGCCUAUGGUUGUCUAAUUUCCCUCCUGAUCCCUAAGGGGUAAUAUCAACAAUUAAAAAACCUUUGGGUACCAUGUUGACUUCCUCUUCAUUCUGCUGGUAUAGCAAAUUCCUCAAGGCGGCCCAAGGAGUAUUACCAGUAGAGGAAAAAUGGGUUUAAAGUUCCAGAGGUGAUGUUGUAUGCGGAAAGUUUGGUUGGCUCCAAAGGGUAAGUUUUAACCGAGGUCCCUCUCCUUUGCCCCCCACCCCACC